AUGGCUUGGGUGCAAAAGCAGGCUAUCCAACACCCUCUGCUCUCCCCUCGUUGGCUUGCGCUCAGCGCUAUUGCAGCGGCGGUUAGUGGUGCUGCCCUGCCCCGUACCGAUGGCCCUCCGGCUACUGAUUUUGAUGCCGUCAUCGUGGGUGGUGGUCCUGCUGGGUUGGCCGCGCUGAGCGGUCUGGCGCGCGUCCGACGGAAGGUUCUCCUUAUUGACUCGGGCGAGUAUCGCAACGCGCCAACAAGACACAUGCAUGAUGUUUUGGGCUUUGAUGGCGUCACCCCGGCCUACUUCCGCUGGGCAGCACGCCAACAACUCAGCCAUUACACCACCGUGACCAUGAUCAACGGUACCGUGGUCAAGAUCAGACCAGCCAACGAGCAAAACACGCACUUCAUCGUCUCCUCGCUCAACCCGCAGGGCACGACCGAGACGAACAUCACCGCCCGCAAGAUCGUUCUCGCCACGGGCCUGCGCGACAUCCUACCCAGCACACCCGGCAUCCGCGAGAACUGGGGCCAGGGCAUCUUUUGGUGCCCCUGGUGCGACGGCCACGAGCACGCGGACCAGCCGCUCGGCCUGCUCGGCAGCCUCGACAACGUCCCCGCCGCAGUCCGCGAGAUGCUCACCCUCAACAAGGACAUCAUCGCGCUGGUCAACGGCACCGACACGCCUGAAUUCCGCAACCUGACGGAGACGAAGCAAGCCAACUGGCAAAAGUACCUACAGAUCCACAACGUCCGCGUCGACAACCGCACCAUCACGCGCAUCACCCGUCUGCGGAACGGGACAGAUGGGACCGAGGACCCGAGCUUGCCUACCGUGGCCGAACAUGACCUGUUCCGGGUCGAGUUCAGUGAGGGCGACCCGGUGGAUAGGGCGGCGUUCUUGGCGGCGUUCCCCUCGGAGCAGACGUCCAAGGUCGGCGAGGAGAUGGGUGUCCAGCUCUGGGGCGGCCGGCUGGCGGCCAACGCAAGUGCCGGUCUCAUGACUAACGUCCCUGGGGUGUAUGCGGUGGGAGAUGCCAAUUCCGAUAACACUACCAAUGUGCCACAUGCUCUGUUUAGUGGGAAGCGGACAGCGGUGUUUCUGCAUGUGAGGCUGGCGCGUGAGGAUGGCGAACGCGAGUUGAAUGAGACCGAAGUGUCCUCAGACAAGGCCACAACCAAUGCUGCGUCAAAGAGAGAUCUUGAACACGCGGCGCGGUCAUUGUGGGAGACCGUCAAUGGCGAGCCUGGGGAUAUUCUUUACGCUGGUGAAUUUGACCAAUAGGCGGCACCUCGGAUGAAGAGGGCCUGGGUCGAUCAUUGAUGAUCGCCAGGCACGAUCUGGCGGUGAGUGACAAGGUCAGGGAAUGGGUAGAGAUCUUCCGGCGUUUUCAUCCGAUCCCUCAAAGUUUGUCCAGCCACCCGGCCCAUGACAAGCACUCAUGCAGCCGUCUUGUCAAAGUGGACCCUUGAAGUCGUGUUGGCUCUCCGGUAACGGUCCUCUAAUUGCUAAUUGUCUGGGCUUUUGCCUCCUUCCGGUGCAGCCGGUUCCGGCAAAUAUCAGAC